UGCUUAUUGUUUAACAUUUACCGCAAUACGAUCCCUGCAAUUAAUCCGGAUGUGAUUAAUAAAAAAAAUAAAAGAUGUUAUUAAAAAUGAUCGGUUUUAAAAUUUUCGGUGUUUUAAUUAUGGAAUUGUUUGUGAUUAGUGUUGAGUGUGGAAAUGUGGACCGAAGUAUUUUUCCUCAAUUGCCUGUGACAGUGCAAAAAAGUGAAGAGGGCUUGUGCAAAAAGCAUAGUGAUUUGUAUCUGGAUAGUUUAAAUAAUUUGACGCUAUGGGCUGAAGAAAUGUGGGACUCAACAGCCAAGUCUGCAACUGGCGUUUUGAGGGGCAGUAUUUUUCAAAUGGGGCAUUUCGAACAAUGCCUUACGACUCGGGCCCCCUUUGAAACAAAAUAUUGUCUAGCCACAGUGAUUGCCAAAGUUCCUAAACCAAUGAAACAAAGAGAUCAUCUUUCUUUAUUUUACCAUCCUGAAAAUGAUGUUUUUGAAAGACUUUAUAAAUUUGACGAUAUAUCUCAACAAUCAAGAAAUGUUUUAAAAAUGGGUUGGUGUAUUCCGGCUUCAUGCAGCACGGAAGAGCUUCAGGAAUAUUUAAACGAAUAUUUUAAAACCCAAUAUUUUCCCAUGAAAGAACAUAAUGUUUCUUAUGAGGCCCAAUUUUCUCCGGAAUGGUGUCAAAGUGCAGAGGAAAACGAGUACUUUAGCGGAGGAGACAUUGUUUUUACAUUUUUGACCAUAAUCCUGGUUACCAUAGUAAUCGGCGUGACCAUCUACGAUUUCCAUCACGAAGAGCCGCUAAAAAAAUCACUUUCGUACAGGUUGAUGAUUACUUUUUCGGCCCGAAAAAACUUCAACGACCUUAGCAAAUCCGACGAAUCCAACCCUGCAUUAACAAUUCUCUACGGACUUAGAGCUGUUUCGAUUUUGAUGAUUAUUACUGCCCAUAGAUUUGGAACCUAUGUGUCUUCUGCGUUACUGAAUUUUGAUUACAUUGAAACACAAUACCGUUCACUUUUGACAACAAUUUUAUUUCAUGGAGACCUAUUCGUGGACACGUUUUUCAUUUUGAGUGGAAUUUUGGUUGUUUAUACGUUACUAAAUCAAUUUGAGAAGAAAAUUAUGAAUCCAGGGUUUAUGAUACUUAUCAGAUAUGUUAGGUUAACUCCAGCCUAUGCUUUUGUUAUAUUUUACUAUGCCACUCUAUUUAAUCACACCGGAAACGGCCCUCUAUGGAAAAUAGUCGCAGGAGGAGAUUCGCAAGACUGCAAAACAAACUGGUGGACAAAUUUACUCUACAUCAGUAAUUAUGUCAAUGCAGACCACAUGUGUAUGACUCAUUCUUGGUACCUUCCAUGUGAUUUCCAUUACUUUAUCAUAGGAAUAUUUAUAUGCAUCCUAAUAAAAAAAGAACGAAAAUCGGGUCUGGGAGUACUAACCAUAUUUACCGUAGCAUCAAUGGCAAUACCAUUUAUUUUAACCAUAGUAUAUCAACGACCGGCUCUUCUACAUUUUUACCCGGAAUUUUUGACCGGACCCAAAGUACACCCGGACUUUUUACUGACCUACUGUAAAUCCCACACCAGGGCCACCCCCUAUUUUAUUGGGAUGUUCGCUGGGUAUUUGUACUACAGGCUGCAGGGGAAAGAAGUUCAUAUUUGUAGACUAAAAUCCAUUGUACUGCUCUUGGUCUCCCUAACCCUUAUGUUUAUGUCAGUUUUCAUCGGAGGAGUUUUCUACAACCCUUACCACGCAUACAACGCAGCUGAAUCAGCUUCGUACGCAGCUUUGCACCGACCAGCCUGGGCGCUGGGCAGCAUCGGGCUUCUUUACACAGCUAGCUACGGACACGGUUACAUAAUAAACAAAGUAUUAACCUGGUCACCGCUUGUGCCACUUGCGAAGCUGGUUUAUGGAGCGUACUUGGUGCACAUGCAGUUUCAGCUACGGUCAGCUGCGAGGUUCAGGAAUCCCAGGUCCAUCUCGUAUUUUGAUGUUAUAAGCUUGGCAUUGUCAGACAUAGUUCUUGCUUUCGUGUUUGGUUUACUACUUUACCUAAUGAUAGAGGCUCCAUCCAGAAAAAUUUUCAGAGAAAUAAUGAUGCCGAGAAGGGCUACCAACAACUUAAAGGUUUCGCAACAUAAUACCAAUAGCGAAAACUCAAAUAUGAAUAACAAAACCUCUGAUAGUAGAUUAUAGAUUAAAAUAUAGUGCUAUAGUUCGUUUUUUAUUUAGCAUAUCGAACUAUUGGGAAAUUGUUAAGGUUUUCCAAUAUAAUAAUGAUAUAUGCCGACACAGUUCAAAUAAAAACGACUUCACCUGUAUCAAUGCAAUAAUUUUGUUCUUUAAUUAACACUUAUGAUUAAGACAGCUUAUAUUGUUAACACAUAUAUUUAAAUAAAGUAUAUUAAGAAUUA